AAAGUUAAAGUAGAUAACGUUGAUGAUGGUGAUGAUAAUGAUAGAGAUCAAACGUUAAAGAUGAUAGUGGUGAUGGUAGUAGUAUUGAUGAUGAUGACGACGGUGAUGUUAAUCAUGAUGAUUGUUUGUAUAAAGAGGGGCUAUAAAUGUGUGGAUUCAUCAUUCAAUCAGAAAAAAAAAAUUCAGUUUUUGUUUCAAUACCACUUUUAAGUAUUAUCUCAAGACACAAAUAUUUGUGACCAAUGGAAAAAAUGCAAGACCAGAAAAUGAAUUCUAUCAUUUGCCGAAGCAUUUCCAAGGAAAAUAUAUUGUUUUAGGUCCUUUAUAAGACACCAACCGUUUUUCCUUUUGAUUUGAGUAUCCUUCAGUUUUAACACUUUGCUGACUCGGUUCUUUUAAUAGAAUUUCUUUUGAUCAUUUUUUGUAGUCACUGAGACUAUAAUCAAAAGAGAAGUACCGUUGAGCUGAAAGGAGGGGCUCAGUAUUCUCCAACGACAACGGAGCAAGCAUCCUACCAGGGGGCCGAAUUUCCUGCCAAAAGAGAACCUUUUGGUCAACAAACACGUUGCGAAGAACGACCGAUCAGUAAUGGUGUUUGUUUCAAUGAAAGAGCAGUUUCCGAAAACUACCAUCUACUGAAAGCUGAAUAUGGCCAAGUUCUGUUUGAGAGAGACCAGGCGCACAGAACUUUACAAAUCGCAAAUCUCCAGCGUAGAUCUGUGCUUAAGCAGCGGAGAAAAAACGGAGCUUAU